CGAUAUCUCCCUCCUGGGAGAGUGAUUUGUUAUUGGAUGGAAAAUGGUUGAUACCUGCUGCACACGUGCUCAAUGACAAAUGUUUGGAUUAAAGUAAAUGAGACUUAAUGUUCGAUCUUUCUCUCGUGGCGGGAGUAACAUGUUGCAGCCGUGUAUAUUAUGAGAGAGAAUGAGAGGAUCAAUGACAUCAUAUCCGACUUUCAAGCAAGGUUUUUGAGGGGAUUGGUAUGAAUAAAUCUAUAGAAUAAUUGGAAGUGUAACAUCAAGGAAGAUAUUUAUAUACCACGCUAACUAACACAACACGACAAACCAUCGACAGAUAUAGUAGAACGACAUGUACAUGUGUAAUGGAGAGCAAGUACAAUAGAUGUUUUAUCUGCUGUGUUCGACAUGACUGAAUCCACUCACCUAAAUCUUACAACAACUGACCACCUUUUGAAUUGUUAUAGCACGCUCCAUGAGGAAUACAUGAUUAACUUGUGCUCACGUGACUGUAGCACAGGUAAACUUUUAGUCCUUGUUCACCAGUUAUGAAUUCAGGUCUUGUAAUUUAUAAGCCGUAGUCGUCGUCGCCAAGUUUCUGAAGUGCCGUGUUUGUGAGAUUGGGCCAGGGACAUGUCGAUACAUUAUAAUAACAUUUGAAUGACAAGAACUUGGAUUUGUAGUGGAUCACUAGGAUUCAUAUUUAAAUUAUUGCGGCGAUAUGUGAAAUAUCUGGAUUAAAGAAGGUCAUUGUGUAUGGAUAUAUUAGAGUUUGAUGUGUUUUAUAAUUGUGUUGAUAUACCUGUCAGUAUAAAAUUGUGUGGUAUACCUUUCAGGUGUGAUAUGGUUAUAGAGGGAUAUCAACUUACCUGUAGAUGACCAGGUAAACUACACCCGACUUUAACAUCUCUAUAUAUACAUACAUAUAUAGUUAUAUAUUUGUAUAUAAAAAACAUCAGGUAUAUUUUAUAAGAAUGAGAAUUUACCUGAAGAAAUUAGUUCAGGUGUUUUUAGCGUUCAGUGUUGGUUGUAUCCUUGUUCUCAAUUUCUACAAACGUGAUGAAUGGGUGACGCAAGGGGUAGACGUCUACCCCUGGGGCGUCAAUUAUCAACGUCAUGAGGGGAAACGUAAGUUAGAUUUCACGGGCCCUAAAGUACACCAUCACGUGCCGGGAGCGAUGGCACGCCCUGCAAAUAUCACCGUCAUUAAUGAAGGCUCAAUCUUUUAUAAAGCUCCUAGGAACAAAGGCCUUAUUUACCCAGACCCCGACCGUAUUCAGGACCGUAUAUUGAACCAGUUGGAGUUUAUACCCGUGAAUGUGAAAGAAAGGGGCGAAGAUGAACCCAUGAAAACAAUAGUCGUGUACAACGGAUUCAGUGGUUGGGAUGUCAAACCGGGUCAACAAACUUUUAUAGACCAGAAAUGUCCCGUUAAUAGAUGUUUUCUGAGCCCGGAUCGUCAGAAAGGUCUCGAUGCCGAUGCCAUUUUGUUCAGCCAUUCUCCGUCCCGACCCGUUUUCAAACGUCCAUUGAAUCAGAUAUGGAUUCUGUUCAUGUUAGAAUCACCGUACCAUACUCCUGGUUUAAGUGCCUAUCAAGAUAUAUUUAAUUGGACAGCGACAUAUCGACAUGAUUCCACCAUUGUGGCACCUUACGAAAAAUUCUCUCCCUUUAACGAAUCGGUGCAAACCAAACCGCAGACGAAGAACUAUGCUGGCGGGAAAACGAAGCAAGUGGCGUGGUUUGUUUCAAAUUGUGGUGCUAGAAAUGGCCGACGCCAGUACGCUAACGAACUAGCUAAAUAUAUUGGUGUGGAUAUUUAUGGUGGGUGUGGAACGUUAAAAUGUCCAAGAUAUCAGGCGGGAAAGUGUUUCGAUAUGUUGAAUAAGGACUAUAAAUUUUAUCUGGCCUUCGAGAAUUCAAAUUGUCGGGAUUAUAUAACGGAGAAAUUUUUUGUGAACGGCCUUCAACACGAUGUGAUACCAAUAGUAAUGGGCGCUUCACCAGACGAUUAUAAACGGGCAGCACCAGUCCAUAGUUAUAUACAUGUCGAUGAUUUUGAAUCACCGAAAGAUUUAGCCGAAUAUUUGCAUAAAUUAGACAAAAACGACGAUCUGUAUAAUGAAUAUUUCCGGUGGAAAGGAACCGGUUCAUUUAUAAAUACAUUUUUCUGGUGUCGCGUGUGUGCUCUUCUCCAUGACAACCAACGUAAGACGUCAUGGUUUAAUGACGUAGAAAAAUGGUGGCGUGGACCGGAUGUGUGCAUUGGACAGGAAACAUGGCGAGAGUUUGACAAACGAAAACAUGGAAACAAAAAAUAGUCAUAAUAGUGGUUCUCGCAAUUUUAUGAAAUUAUUUUAAACAGGGUGUUUAUUUUCAUUUUGGAGAACUAGUUCCAUAUAAUAUUUGUUUGGGAACAACUGUGAUUCACAAAGUGUUUUGUAUUAGGUGGUAGGCCUAUUUAUAAACAUGCUAGGCCUAAACUAAUUAUGCCUCAAUUAGGCCUUUUUGUUGAAUAUCCAAGAUGUUCAAAUUAGUAUAGGAGUUUUUUGUUUAUUAAAAUGUUUAUGAAAAUGCUCCCCCUUAUUGUGUGUGUUCAGUUUACAGAAUUUUAGAAAUAGAAGAUUAGAUGUCAUUCGUGUACAGACGUUAGAAUUUAUUUUCAGAACAGACAAUGGUCUAUGAUUCAACACUAUAGCUGUCUUAACACUUACCGGAAGUACCCCGGAAGUACCCGGUUGGUAGCCGAAUGGUUUUUGUUUUCAGUUUUUGAUCAAUCAAUCAACUUGGAAUGAAUUGUAAAAGACGUCCGUAUUUUUAGAAUAUCAGAUGUUAUACAUAGAGUCGAUUUGGAUUUUUCCGUUGUUGUAAAAUAUGACGGUUUGUGGAUUUCAUAAUCUAGAAUAUAUUUGCCACUUUUACUAUUAUUAUACUAAGUAUCACAGAUACUGCUUGUGGUAAAUGUUAAGGGAUUUAGUGAAGGGAGCAUGUAACAAACAGAUGUAUUGUUUUAAAUUCCCUUGGUUUAUAUCUUGAUGAAAGGAAUUCAUACCAUGUUGACGAAAUCCAUAUCUAGACCAAUUCCAUUCCAUAUCUAGACGAAAUCCAUUCCAUGUCUUAAUGAAUUCCAUGUCUUAAUGAAUUCCAUACCUAGACGAAUUCCAUACCUAAAUGAAUUCCAUACCCAGACGAAUUCCAUCUUGAUGAAAUCCACACCUACAUGAUGAAUUUCAAUGUUUGGUGAAAUACACAUGGUAAUGAAUUCCAUAAUUUAAUCAUUACCAUAUUUGGUGAAUUCCAUAUCUUUACGAUUUCUAUAUCUGGAUGAAUUUCAAUGUUUGGUGAAAUACACAUGGUAAUGAAUUCCAUAAUUUAAUCAUUGCCAUAUUUGGUGAAUUCCAUAUCUUUAUGAUUUCUAUAUCUGGAUGAAAUGAAAUCCAUAAUUUGAUGAAUUCCAUAUUUGAAUAAUUCCAUAUUUGAAUGCAUUCCAUAUCCUAACAAAUUCCACAUCGUAAUUAUCUAUAUCAGCCUGUACCAAUGUUUAAUCUGAUGGUUAAUUUAUUUAAGUACCUAACGCGUAUAUUGUUAUAAAUAAUGCCAGGAAGGAAGUGAAUAAUAAGCGUGCGAGCAGUGGUAGAGUAAUGUAGUAUGUCUACUCAUAUUAAAUAUACGUUGAGUUGAACUGAAUUCAUGAUGAUACAUUCCAAUCAUUGUGUUAUUUAAAUAAUAUCAUAGGUUAUAUUUAUUUAGUGUAUUGUUACCGGUCAGGAUAUGUCUAUAUAUCUUACUUUAUAUGGAAGCCCAUACGGGUCCUUAGCAUGAUAGAGAUACUGCCAUGUUAAUAUGAUAAUAAUAUGUCAAAUUGUGAUCGAGAUCAAAUAACUCGACAAAAUUGUCUUUUCUAAAUAAAUAUUGACAAAUUACCUUAUUAAACAUACAUUAUGCAAGAGCUACCUAAAUCUGCCUAUUGCAGGACAUUCUUAAUAUCUUAAAUGUUACAUAAACUAUUACUUAGACAUUUAUUAACAAAACAAGACCAUAAUCAACUCUCGAUGGCAUCGAAUACUCAUGAUUUUAACUAGAUUAAAACGGUUCGCCAUUUAAAAAUCUAAUUUAAAAAUGGGAAAGCGAUUAUCAAUAUUUUUCAUUUUACAUCAUCUAUUUUAGAGGAAUUAUACAAAGAAUGGGCAGCUCUUUAUCUAAAUCUUACAUAAUGUAUGUUUAAUAUGGCGUUAUUGACCCUUAUAGACUUCCAUACUCACUGGACUGUUUGUUAUAAAUGUAUUUUUUAUUCUAACAACGUAACUAUGUAAACUAUGAAAUUUCAAACUGAUAAGUGAGUUUCCUGAUUUACACUGUAACUUAUAAUAUUUGUAUGUUACUAUAUAUUGAGACCUUAUUGUCUAUAACUGUAAAUGUUUCCUAUCAAAUCUGUAAUCUCCUAUCAAAUGCUCACUUUAAAUCUUGCCAUGUUGUUUAUCUCGCUAUCUCUGUAUAAAUAUUAUAACCCUGUCUUUUUAUAAAGGGGGUCAGUUUAGUAUUGUAAGGACAAUGGCUACAAGGUUUACAAAAUACAAAUUCUUAAACCAUAUUAAACAGACUUUUUAUUCUCGUCUACCAUAGUCUCUGGUUAAGUGACUUAUUGUUAUUCCCAUAUCUUUCUAGGGGUGUUUACUAUACUCCCUGGUCUGUCUAGAAAUGUAUACUAUUCUCCCUGGUCCAACGGGUUGUUAAUACACAUAUUAUACCUGGUUUGUCUAGGGAGGUAUACAGCUCCACAGUCGGUUUUUGUAUUUUCUGUCUGGCAAAACGUAGCCUCAAUAUAGAGUUUUGUUUCUUCGCUGCCAUUUUGGAAAUUCACUUCUCUUCUCUUAGACAAUUUAUCAUGUAAACCCUUCAUUAUUAUGACCUUUGAAAAAUUGUGCACACUGUUAAUUAUGACAAUAAAUCGACCAUCGUGUGACGUAGUUGUAACUGAUAGAAGAUUUAAAUAUUAAUAACCAUGUAAGUGUCCUGAAGAUCUAGCAAUAACAUAGUUUAUAUUUUCAUAUUUAGGCAAUCAUCGUAAGUUAUUUUAUAACAGAAGUGAGUUAUAGACAUAUAAUUCAUAGGUGUUUUAUGACAGAUGUAAGGUAUACACCUAUAAUUCACAGUAUUUUCAUCACAUAAGUAAGUUUAUAACACCUAUAAUUAUAUAGUUAUUAUAUAACAUAAGUAAGUUAAUAACAGAAAUGAGUUGUACACCUAUAAUUAUAUAGUUAUUAUAUAACGAAAGUGAUUUACACGCGUAUAAUGCACAGUUCUUUUAUAAUAUUUUAUAACGGAAGUUAGUUACACACGUAUAAAACAUCGUUAUUUUAUAACAGAAGUUAGUUACACAUGUAUAAUUCAUAGUUAUUUUAUAAUAGACGUGAGUUAUAUAAGUAUAAUUCAUAGUUGUAUAAUUCAUAGUUACGCCUAUAUAAUUCAUAGUUAUUUUAUAACGGAAGUGAGUUAUAUACUUAUAUUUCAUAGUUAAUAUUUAGUUAAUUUCAUAUUUGCAUAAUAUAUUUUAAGUCUAUUAUGAAUGUAUUUGCGUGUUAUGAUAGAAUUUUAUUAAAUCUGAUGAAAUUCUAGAUUUAAUGAUAAUAUCAAUGAUAAAUGUCUUCUUACUGUACAUAUACUUAUCCACAGUUAGAUUUUAUCAGGAAUCGACCAGUCUAUCCGGGGUGGCGGGUGGAGUGAUUCGAGUGGAUAUAUGGACGGGGUAGGGAUUCGUUCACCAAGUCUAUAUAUGGCGUGGGGGGCAGAUGCAUGCAUACCUAUAAUAUAUGAUCUUGGGGACGGGUUAGGGGGUUCGAUCAUCAUGUCCCGGGGUGAGUGGAGGGAUUCGAUCAUCAUGCCAUAUCCCGGGGUGAGUAGUGGGAUACUAGCAUCAUAUCCCGGGGUGAGUAGAGGUAUACUAUCAUCAUGUCCCGAGUUGAGUUUCCUUGCAGACGGAAAACAGUUAUUUCACGAUGAAUUAUGCGUUGUUUAAUGUUAUUUAUGUUAAUAUGAUUUUAAGAAGUUUAUUUACAUCAUGUAAUUAUGUUACAUAUAAAUAAAUAAUAUAGAUAAUAUAUUUCACACUUGAGGCUUUUUUUAUCAAGUUAAUUUUUGUUAUAUUUGUGUUAUGAUUGUUUGUUAAAUAUUCAAUGAUUUAAAAAUAAUAGAAUAAAUAAAAUGUAUAUUAACUGUAAACAUGUUUACGACUAUUUGUUAUCCAGUCCGUACUAAUUGUAAACAAGUUUACGACUAUUUGUUAUCCAGUCCGUACUAAUUGUAGGAAUGAAAAAUUACAAAUAAAAUGGGGUUUAACGUCCUACUUUUCUGCACCGACUGGGUUAACGAAGAGGGGAAAAUGAAAUGGGGUUUAACGUCCUACACAUCCAAGAACCUUAUAUAUAGAUAUAUAUAAGGCUCUGACAUACUCUAUGUAUCCUGUGUACUAAUGACGAUAGACAUACCCUAUAACAUCACUGUAGACUAGCUAUUUAACUUGGGAGAUUAUGUAUUUUCAAACUUGUAAAAUAAAAUGUCACUUUGUAUUGUA